CCCGGAGGGUGUGUGCGAGAGGAGGCGAGUCUCUCUAGGCAUCGACUUGCAAACGGGCAUCUCAGCAGUCCGAGCAGAAAAAGGAAAACCAGGAACCGCUGUAAUUUCGAGCCUUUUUUGCGAUGUUCUCGACGAUAUUUCUUCGCCGUCUGCUCUGAUCCCGUCGAAGUCUCCGUCUGUUCGGACGCCAGCCGCAUAAAGAACCGCAGAAAUUGAUGCGUGUUGCUCCGCGGUGCUGUUUGUUUUGACCUGUGAAGCUAGAAGGGAAUCCUGCUAGAGGAUCAGCGGUCUGUCAAUGAGGAACUACCGGCUCAUCUUCUGCCACAACCUGAAGCAGCCAUAGAUGGUCCAGUGGUUCACUGGCCAGAGGAGGAGAGGAUAGGACACACUGUCACUGCUACACGACGUAAGGUUUCAGCUUAAUUGUGGUGAGGAGGAGGUGGCGGAGGAAGAGGCCAUGAGGAAGAGCGUGUCUCCGUUGCCAGGCAACGAGGGCGAGGGCUCAGCCAGCACCGCUCGGGUUUUUGGCGUUCCUUUGGAGGAAGUGACGCACGUGCACACGGUCAGCGGCCAUGAGGUUCCUGCGCUGGUCAAACACAUCGUUGACUACAUCGAGGAGCACGGUCAGCUGGACUUGGAGGGACUCUUCCUGGUUAACGGCAACGCGGAGCGAGUAGACUGGCUGCGUCAGCGCUACGACAGCGGCGAGGAGGUGGAGCUGGAGAAGGAGGCUGAUCUGGCAUCAGCGGUCAGUUUGCUCCGCCUCUUCCUGCAGGAGCUUCCCGAACCCGUCAUUCCAACGGCUCUGCAAGGACACAUCCUGCAGCUCUACCAAGAUUACAGCAAUGAGGAGGAGCUGUGCAGAAACCUGAAGUACCUGCUGCAGCAGCUGCCCCAUGUGAACUACGGGCUGCUCCGCUUCCUGUGCCGCUUCCUGGCCAGCGUGGCUUCCCUCCAGCCGGACAGCUGGACCGUCGGGGCGCUGGCCGCCGUCUUUGGACCCGACAUCUUUCAUCUGUCCGCUGAGAGGGAGGACAUUCAGGACCAGGAGUCGGUUAGCAGAGUGCUGGCCGAGCUGCUGGACAACCAGGAAGGACUGUUCGACUCCGAGGACGAUGACGUGUCCACCACCAACGACUACAGCUCCAUCAACGAACAGAUCACAGAGUUGUUGGAUGAUGAGAAGUGCGAAGCAGAAUGUGAAGAACUGCCGCAGGACGGGGAGGAAGGACCCGCCGCCUCCGACUCACACAGCCACACCGACGACGACCGCAGAGCCAGCUCCCACCUCUCCCCCAUGUCCAUCCUGCCUGCUGACUCUGCUGAGAUAAUUCAGAGAACCAUCAGGGCUGCAGUGGAGCAGCAUUUCUUUGAGCUGAAAACCAACAUCAGCAAGAGGAUGAGUCCCUCCGAGCCUGAAGAGCAGGGUUGCCAUGACGACGAGGAGGAAGAGGAAGAACAGCAAACUGACGCCGAGGACAGUCCCUGCGACGCAGAGAGGGAGACCCCGCUCGAACAGAGCGAGCAGCAGCUGAGCGAGAGCGACGCAGAGAAUUCAGUGGGAGCCGGCGGCGUGGAGGAGAGCUCAGGAAUGGAUCUGGAUCCAGAAGCUGCCAAAGAUGCUGGGAAGAACUUCAACACUGCCAGGCAGGACAAUCAGCCGCUGGACGCCAUGGAGCAGACGGUCACCAUCCGCUGCGACUCUGAUUCGUUCGGCUGCGAUCAGAACGCCAACACCAGCGAGGCCAACAGGAACCGCCUGUCGCCGUGCCAACCAAGCUCCGCCCCCCACAGCCCCCACCUCCAGCUGUUCCCAGAUGACCGGUGGGAGGCGUCACCCCUUUCCCAUCUCCACCUCCCUCCCAUCGACUUCUCAUGUAUGCACCUGCAGAAAGAAGGCCAAGAUCCGGUUCCGGCGUUCAAAUCCUGGCAGGAUGACACGGACAGCGGCGAGGCGCAGCUGUCGCCGCUGGCCGGACGCAUGGUUCCGCUGCCGCUGGAGGACGACGGCGAGGAGGACGACGGCGACGGACUGCAGGACGACUCGCCGUCCUCUUCGCGCUCGCACCCGCACAUCCUGGCCCGCCGCUUCCUGGACUUCGGAGCGCACAGCACCCAGCGCUUCCUGCAGCAGGACGCGGACGCUGCCUCGCCCUGCAAGGCGCAGCGGCCGCGGCGCGCGUCGUUCGGAUCCAGGGAGGCCAUGAGGGGAGAUUCGGUGACCCAUCAGCUCAGCAAGAAGCUGCAGCAUCUGAAGAAGAAAAUCAAACAGUUUGAGGAGCAAUUCGAGAAGGAGAGGAACUACAAGCCGUCUCACGCAGACAAGGCAGCUAACCCCAAAGUCCUCAAGUGGAUGACCGACCUGACGAAGAUCCGCCGACAGAUUAAAGACGCCAAACACUGUGCGGAGAGCGAGCUGGGCCCGCAGACCCGUCCCCGUAGCAACACCCUCCCCAAGAGCUUCGGCUCCACGCUGGAGCAGGGCCACGAUGCGGCGGGGGAGGUCCGGGGCCCGCGCCCCACCAAAGAAGAAACACUGGAGCUGAUCCAGCGCCGCGUCAAAGGGAAGCGGCAGGAGGACGGCUGGCCGGACGACAUCAAGAAGAUGACCAAAGAGCAGCUGUCCUGUGAGAAGAUGGUCCUUCAGAAGAACCUGCUGCACUACGAAGGCCUCCAUGGUCGACCCGUAAGUCCGUCCUGCUGCCGCACCGCCGCCGCCGGCUGCUGCUGCAUGACGGCGUGUUUCUGUGAUCAGGUGACCAGAGAGGAGCGGCUGGUGGUGAAGCCUCUCUACGACCGCUACAGGCUGGUCAAGCAGAUGCUGGCGAGAGUCAGCAUCAGUCCGGUAACGGUAAGGCCGCCUCCGACCGCCGACGCCCGUCAGCGCUCCGCCGCUAACGCCCGUCCUCCGCUCCAGGUGUCUCCCUCCAGCAAGAGGCGCAGCCAGACCCUCCAGCCAAUCAUCGAGGGAGAAACCGCUCACUUCUGGGAAAUCAAAGAGGAGGAAGAGGAGGAGCAGAAAGGCGGCGAGGAAGAGGAGAAGGAGGAGAGGGAAGAAGAGGAAGACGACGAGGAGGAGGGCGAGAGCAGCGGCGGAGAGAUGCAGAGCUCCGAGGUCAUCAUGGCCUUGGAGGCCGUGACCCCGAGCGGCGAGUCGGUGAGGAGCCAACCGGACGGGCUGAGCAACAAGAUGGAGGAAGGAUCCGGGCGGCUGGCGCUGGACCUGCGCCUGUCCAGCUCCAACGCCUCGUCCAUGCCAGAGCUGCUGGAACAGCUGUGGAAAGCCAGAUCAGAGAAGAAGAAACUGAGAAAGACGAUCCGAGAGUUUGAGGAAGAUUUCUAUCAGCAUAACGGGAGGAAUGUCCAGAAGGAGGACCGGGUGCCGAUGCUGGAGAAGUACCGCGAGUACAAGCGGAUCAAGGCCAAGCUCCGCCUCCUGGAGGUCCUCAUCAGCAAACAGGAUUCCUCCAAGUCCAUCUAAGUUUCUGUCGGAUAACCGCUGUCAUCGCACACGGCGCCACCUGCAGGACGCCACCAUGAACCCUUCAUCAACAACACUUCACAUGUUGAGGGAAAAACAAAACAUUUUCAGACGUUAUUUUAUGGUUUGCAGAGAAACUUUGGGAAAUCUUCCUGUUUGUUCGUGUUCUGUUGGGUUUGCUUCAUCACACUGCCGGAGUAGCGGGGAGGGGAGCGACUUCCUGCUGGCAGGUCGAACGAGACGCAGGAGGCUGGAGGAACUUCUCCGAGUUUCAGUUUGUGGCGCAGAGUGCUGGGAGGGGCAGGAAGGGUUAGAUGUAAAAAAUGUUAUUUGCACAGCAUUCCCAGAAUGCAGCCCCUCUGUUGUUUCCAUUUGUAUUUCUAGAAAUUAAGCACUACUUCUAUACAAAUAUCAAUAUACUGUACAUAAAACCAGAAAAAAUGAAUGUCAGACAUGUUUAAAUUAUUUCACAGUUGGCCCCUUUUAGGUUUAUUAUAUGUGUGAUGUUUUUUUAUUAUCCAUACUGCUAAUGUUCCUACAUUAACCUUUUGUAUGUAACCCCAACAUGUCGUCGCUCUGUGUAAUAUAAGCUAAUAUAGCAGUACUGUAGUCGGCUUGCAUGGCAGCACAGAUCUUAUCCAACACCAACUGUUCUCAUUAUUUGUGCCAUGAAGAAGCAGCAAUAAUAAAAGUUUGCAUCAGACAUAUUUUAACACGUUUCAGCUCCGUGUGUCAAUAUUUUCCGACAUUAAAAAGUGUUUUUGACUCGUCA